AUGUUCAAGCUCUCUAAAUGGCUACUGCACAAGUCCUGGUUGAAGAGCAACGAAACUCCGCAAACGCUUUAUCAGCGGAAUGGUUGGGUUGGGAAAAAGGACGAUGAAUUGAUGAGGGUCGAUCCAGAAAGGUUUCGCAAAUACAGAGGAUAUGACGAUCGUUGGAUGAAAGCCAAAACCAAGAAGGGAGUGUACCUCGAAGUAGAAUUUCCAGAUUCAAAGAAAAAGUCAACGCGAGAGAGCAAAAAAGUUCAGCCAUAUAAGCCAAAGCAAAGGGGCAAAAAAGCUCCGUUACAUGUAGAUAAGGUAGUUUAUGUUUCUUAA